AUGGCUGCCGCUGGCAGGGCCGGAUGGACAAACGCAGCUAUCAAUGUCAUUGCUGGGAAAAGCGGUACUGCUGGCCACGCCGUGACCAAGGACGCGCAGGGAGAUCCCGACCUCGACGACGAUGAUCCUGAUGACCCCAGCGACGACGACGACGACGACGAGGAUUCCAUCCCUAGGGAGCUUCUUUAG